UGGUCCGGACUGAGGCUUUCGGGACGGCGGUGGGAAGAUGGCGACCUGCAGGGACCGGCUUGGAGCCGUGGAGGCAGAGGAGAGCUCGAGUUGCCAGGGAUACUCGGGAGUCGAGGUGGUGCUUUCUUCUGAUCCCGCCACCCCCGCCCCGCUGUGCCCUCACGGACCUACUCUUCUGUUUGUAAAGGUGAACCAAGGGAAAGAAGAAACACGGAGGUUUUAUGCCUGCUCAGCUUGUAGAGAUAGAAAAGAUUGUAAUUUUUUUCAAUGGGAAGAUGAAAAGUUGUCAGGAGCCAGACUUGCUGCCCGGGAAGCCCAUAACCGAAGCUGUCAGCCUCCUUUAUCCCGAUCUCAGUGUGUGGAAAGGUACUUGAAGUUUAUUGAGUUGCCCUUGUCUGAGAGAAAGUUUUGUCAGAGCUGUCAGCAGUUGCUCUUGCCGGAUGAUAAGGAGAAGCAUCGUGAACAUCAGGUAGUGGGUGAUGUUUCUAUCACCCAGUUAAAAAGGCCCAGUAAACUCCUUUAUCCACUGGAAAACAAGAAGACAAAUGCCCAGUAUUUGUUUGCUGACCGGAGCUGUCUGUUCUUGGUAGACCUGCUCUCGAACCUUGGAUUCAGAAGAGUACUGUGUGUUGGGACCCCAAGGUUACAUGAGCUGAUCAGAUUGAAAGAAUCAGGUGACAAGAAGUCUAACAUUAGAAGUCUUUUAUUGGAUAUUGAUUUUCGGUAUUCGCAGUUUUAUAUGGAAGAUAGUUUUUGCCAUUAUAAUAUGUUUAACCAUCACUUCUUUGAUGGAAAGGCUGCCCUUGAAGUGUGCAAGACAUUUUUACAGGAAGAUAGAGGUGAAGGAGUGAUCAUGGUGACAGAUCCUCCAUUUGGUGGCUUGGUUGAACCUCUGGCUGUUACAUUCAAGAAGUUAAUUGCUAUGUGGAAAGAAGGUCACAGCCAAGAUAACAGUCAGAAAGAACUACCCAUAUUCUGGAUUUUCCCCUAUUUUUUUGAAUCCCGAAUUUGUCAGUUUUUCCCAAGCUUCUGCAUGCUGGAUUACCAGGUAGAUUAUGAUAAUCAUGCACUUUAUAAACAUGGAAAGACAGGACGGAAACAGUCUCCUGUGCGUAUUUUCACAAAUAUCCCACCUAACAGAAUAAUCCUUCCUAUUGAAGAAGGGUACAGAUUUUGCCCCCUGUGUCAACGAUAUGUUUCUCUAGAGAAUCAACACUGUGAACACUGUAAUUCUUGCACAUCCAAGGAUGGCAGGAAAUGGAACCAUUGCUUUCUCUGCAAAAAGUGUGUAAAGCCUUCCUGGAUCCACUGUAGCAUUUGCAAUCACUGUGCUCUUCCAGAUCAUCCUUGCAAGGGCCCGAGAGACGGCUGCUUUAUUUGUGGUGAAUUGGACCAUAAACGGAGUACUUGUCCUAACAUUUCUACAUCUAAGAAAGUUAACAAGGCUGUCAGAAAGCAGAAGCAAAGAAAAAGCAAUAAGAUGAAAAUGGAGACCACUAAAGGACAAUCCAUGAAUCAUACAUCUGUUACAAGGAAGAAGAAAAGAAGAGAAAGAACCCAUCAAUAUCUUUGCUCUUAAAUGUCCAGUGACUUGAGAAUAAGAAAGAUUUAUAGUCCAACCUUUGAUGCCAUUUUCUGAAAGUGCCAUGUUGGACUUAAAUUCUGUUGCUUUCAAAGGUAUGCACCUUUCUAAGCUUGAAAAUAGGGAGGUGGUAUUUUGCUGGUUUAUAGACCCCCCCCCCCCCCACACACACACACACACACACACACUGCAGCCCCUCUGGAGAUCUUUGCCGGCUUGCUAGCUUUUGGUGCCUUUUUUCUCUCUUUACAUCUCUUCCAGUAAUAUUAUUUUAGCUUCUUUUAUCUGAAAAAUGGGCACAGAGCAUUCUUUUGCAGAAACAAAGGAGAAAAUAAGCAUGAAAACCCGAGGUUUUGUUUACAUUGAACAUAAGAGUAUGUUGUUAUAUAUGUUAAAUUAAAUAUUAAAAUAUUGUACAAUGGCUUAAAUCCCACUUGUAAAGAGAAAUACUAUGUACAGUUGUGUUUUUUUAAGACAGAAUCUGAAGAUGGAAAGAAUUUUGACAAAGGCAGUCUAAAACAAUUAUGGUUAUAUUAAUAUUAAAUAUUUAUUUUUCAACUAUUCUGCAGUUAUCCUUUGAUGAUAUAGAAUCACCUAAAUGUUUGUUGAAUUAUGACUUGCUCAGUCAUCUUACUGUCUGUUAACUUAGGCAGGAUGUUUCUUUGUAAAAGUUGUAGCAGAGGCAGUCUAUUUUGGUGAUUCAAACUCCUCUUUCCUAUUCUAACACUUACUGAUUGUAUGUCUUUGGCCAAGUCAUUCACUCUCUAGAAGCCACUGUUUCUUCAUUAAUAUAAUAGGGACAACACAUCUCAGGAUUGUUUGUGGUUAAAUUAAAUAAGGCUCAUACACCAGGCUCUCGGUUCACUUGUUCGCCUGGAGAAGUGUUAAUAGGUGAAGAUGGUAAUUAUCUGUGGUCCAGGGUUGCAAUGCUAAAGGGAGGAGUUUGAACAAAGAAUUCCGCUCCCCAUUUCUCUGCUAGGUAUCUGACAUUAUCUUCUUAAGACUUGGUAGUUUUGAAUGGCUUGUAUUUGCAUAAUGACUCUCCUCUCUUUCCCACAUGACUAUUUUAAAGCAUGUUUGGAGGCAUAUCUGCUUGGGUGUAGCUGGAGCCCUCUAAGUAAAAGUAGAAGAACUGUACUCCAUCUCUUAUUUAAAUUCUACCUGGUAUUUAAGUUUGGUACCUGCUGUGGAAUCCUCACACAUGGCCCUGACAGUGUGGUCCUGAUAGAUCAGGUGACAUCAAAAGAUGAGCCAAGCUCCUGGAUUUAACAAGCAUCAGAAAAUUCUUCUCUUGUCCCAUUUUUAUGGGUUGCUGUGGUGCUAGGAGGGGCAGAUUUUGAGGUGACUGGAUGAGAGAUGAACCUUGUAGAGUCAUUGUAAGAGUCUCUCUGAUUCAGGUAUAGGUGUGGACAUUGCCUGACUUUCAUGGGGUCCAUGAUACUGUGGUUAAAAUCUACUGAAAUCUGCCCAGAAACUCAGACACCUGAGGGGCCAUGACUGCUGAAGAAUUGGGUCCUGAUGGCCAAUGGUUAUCAUCACCACAUUUUCUUAGUUUUAAGAUACCAUCAAUUGGUAAAGUGUGCUAUUGAUGGAAUCAUAUCUUUUCAGGGGGAAAACACCCUUAUCUUAUUAAUUGUAUGGGUUAAACUUUAGAUGUGUCUUAUUUCAGAAAUACUGAAAUUUGAAAAAAAGCCCAUCUUAGUAUUGAGCAAAUAGGGUGUUACUUAUAAUCAGGAAUUUUGUACUUGAAAACUUUGUUACCUUCUCAGACUUAAAAAUAGGAAGUUUGAUGGUCCUGUUCUUGUAUUCAGUUAUGGUAAUUUUAAGGACUUAAUUUCUUUCGUUCCUCAGAGAAUAAACGAAUAGAAUGUGAAAA